AAUAAAACACGGCUGCUAUUAUUAGAGAAAAAAAAAAAUUACAGCUGCAAGGAAAGGCAAGAUGCAUUCCAAGAGCUCAACCAUUAACCACGUAUUUCCACCUUUCUGUCGAGAGCUCUAAAAUUCGAGUUAAGUUUUCCACGUGCGAACACGCAAAUGGUGAAACGCGCGCGCUCGCACCGUUUGUCUGCGUCACGACUGCACAGUUACUUACGCGAUACUGAAGAAAAAAAACCAACGACUCUUGCGCAAUAGAGGAAAGUACAUCUGAACAAUGAAGUAUGUUACAUUUGGAAUUUCGUUUUUUAGGUUAGAGAGCUAACGUAGAUUUCCAUUUAAUUCAGUCUUUCCUUAAGAUUUUCCCCGACAAGAGAAAACUUUGAACAUUUGAAACAGUCUUUUGAUUCACGAGCGUAAAGAUCCGUGUGUUUGGAAACGUGUUUUCGAGCUAAAAGUGUAAAUCUUUAUCUAUUUAGCUAUGAAGUGGGUAAAAUUUUGUUGAUUUUCCCGGGCUCCGGCUUUUCACGUCGGAAUGAACCACAGUGACACAAUUCAAGCUGUUUUACGGGUAACCCUCACCGUGACAAGUAAGGUCAAGUUGAGCUUAUCAAUAGACACUUAAACGCAAAACUGACCACAGAAUUUAACUAAAUAUCCAGAGAUGUUAAGGGCAAUGUAUUCCUCAUAACUAUAAAUAAAUCGACCAAACUUUUCCAUUGCUUAUCGACAUCAAAUGCAGUAUCCUUAGCAAAAAUCAUGUCAAGUAUUUCAGAUGAAACCUUGCAGACUGUGGAGACACUAAGAUGAUGAAUGAAAUGUUCCUAUGACAUUCAACUUUGAUUCAAGAGUGAUAUUGUAAGGGGAAAAUAGGAACCAGUCACUCUUAUUGGCUAAGGGUUAAAUUACAAAAGUCAAAAUCUAAGGGAAAAGGUUAAGGUAUGUUUAACUUAGUUAGAACUCUUGGAAACUUGAAUUGGCAGUCAAAACAAACGGUAAACCACUGUUAACACAAAUCCAUGAUGAAAUAAACAAAAUAAAAAGAGCAAAUCUUUGAGACGUUAGCUGCUAAACAUGAUUCUUAGAGAAAAGUCAGACAGACCUGCCUUGAAAACUUGACUUUAUGAGAGUAAUGGUUAAAAAUAACGGUUUCAUAAUUUCACCAGUCUCUACCAGCAAUGUAUAGAAAACAUUAUACAUAAAACAAAGAAAGAAGAGGAAAUAAGUUCAGCGACAAAACAACAAAAAAUGAUUCUGCAAAGGACUUUUAUUAGCUGUGUCUUGCUGAUAUAUUCUACCUGUCACUUCUGCCAAGUUUGUGUUUCUUCCCAAACAGCAGAGCUGUGUGGUGUAAGACCGAAAUGGGCCGAGCAGUCAAGUGAUAAAAGGAUCACUGGAGGACAUGAAGCUAAGCCCGGCAGCUGGCCCUGGAUGACGAGCAUUUUUGUUACGGGGCUGGGAGAGUAUUUCAAAUGUGGGGCCGCCCUUAUAUCGGACCACUGGGUCAUCACCGCAGCUCACUGCACCAUUGCCAAUAUUGGACCAAUAGUAGCAGCAGCCAGUAAAUAUCCAGAGAUGCUGAAGGUGCGCGUUGGUGAACAUAAUUUGGAUCAGCCUGAAGGAACAGAGGAGGAUCUAAACGUAAAGAAAGUUGUGCUGCAUCCUAAAUGGGACAUAGGAGUGGAAAACACGCCCAACGGAAAGCAAAUUUAUUCAAAACACGACAUCGCUUUAAUAGAGCUUAGCAGUCCGGUCAACUUUACUUCAAAUGUGAAAAGCAUGUGUCUUGAUAACGGGCAACUCUUUAAAGCUGGCACGAUGUGUUAUAUCGCUGGCUGGGGCACUAAGAAAGUAAAAGGCCCUGCUACAAGAAUUCUUCACGAAGCCGCUUUACCACUUGUGUCGCAUGAACAGUGCAAUGGCCCCAAGUCAUACAGUGGAGUUAUCGGUGGCAACUUGAUCUGUGCUGGAUACAAACAGGGGGGUGUCGAUACUUGCGAGGGAGACAGUGGAGGACCACUAAUGUGCCAAGGAGAUGGAAAGAGGUGGUUCCUGACAGGAGUGGCGUCCUUUGGACACAUUGGCUGCGGUGUACCUUACAAAUAUGGUGUGUACACACGGGUAGUGAACCAUCUACAGUGGAUAUCACAAGUCACAGGGAUGGACCUACCACAGCCACAAGUCGACUAUGUACCGUUGAUUACAUAGAGAUGAUUGAUGGCAGUGUAGUAUUUGACGCUAGCGCGUUUACCGGCAGUUGGGAAGGAAGGAAGAAAGAAAGGAAGGAUGAGGAAAGAGGGAGAGGAAUUUACGCGACAUGCCUGAAAACCAUUACCUGCCUUUUGCAGCCAUAUUCAUGAAGGGUCCUUUAAACAACCCUUGAGAAGAAAAUCACAAACAGAAACUUGCCAAGAAGGCAAAAAACAUGAAGUACAUAGAGCACACCACCGCUUAAAAAAGGAAAAUUUUACUCAAUCUUCUCUUAAUGGAUGCAUUUCCAAUAUCCUUUUAACCUCUACUAUCUGAUCCAUACUGACCGGAGAGUACUGACAUCAACUCGUACGUAAUUUUUUCAUUGAAUAGUACUACGAUCAAUAUUUCUUGAUCAACAUUUAUGAAUCACAAAGCUACCAAGUUCUUCAAGUUUUACGUUAACCUGAUGCUUGAAUAUUGCCCUUAAGUUUUCUAGCCCUAUAAGAAAAAUUAACUACUUGUUCUAUCGAGCAUUCCCUGGAAAAAUAAUGAGUUAAAAUAGGCGAGUAGUAAGCCAAAACCGAGCUAGUGAUAACUCGAACAAAAAGAAACUAUUUUAAGCACAUCAAAAUAAACAGUUCUUUCCUCCUGUCUUUACCGAAAAAAAGGAAUAGCUGAAUAAAUAAAAAACCGAUACACUAACAUCAAUAUGC